UCGCCGUGUUAUGACACGUCCCCAAAUGUGUACGUGUGGGUGAUCAGAUCCCAGACAUCCCAAAAGUCUACAGGUCGGGACGACUGGACUCUCAAGGUACCACUGUGGCGUCCCUUCUGCACCUGGUCCAUCUUUGAGUGAGAAGCAUGGAGGCAGGGGGAUCAGACGCGGCGGCUGGUAUGCAGCAUGUCGAGCCAUCGUCAGAUCAGGAAGAUAGCCGAAAUGAGGGCGCACAACCCACAGCCAAGCAAGGCCCACCCGAAAGCCGAAUGAAGAAGCUUUUUGGCUUUGAGAAAGACGACCUAUCGUCCUGGCACAAAUUUGUGUGCUUGUUGAAUCGGCCCACCGACCCUGCCUCACUUGGCAUUUUCCGCUUCUUGUUUGGGAUGCUGAUGGCUAUUGACAUCACUCAGGAGAGAGGUCUGAGUCACCUGGACUACAAAUACCUGGAUGGAGCCCCCGUGUGCCGAUUCCCUUUGUUUAACUUCCUCAAGCCCCUCCCGAUGGACUGGAUGUAUUUAGUCUAUGUGAUCAUGCUUCUUGGUGCACUGGGCAUCAUGCUUGGCUGUGCCUACCGCUUGUCGUGCCUGAUGUUCCUGUCCACCUACUGGUACGUCUUCUUCCUGGACAAGACUACCUGGAACAACCACUCCUACCUCUACGGCCUCAUCGGCUUCCAGCUCACACUCAUGGACGCUGACAGAUACUGGUCAAUUGAUGGGCUGUUUAAUUCAAGGAAGAGAAAUGCUGAUGUUCCUCUGUGGAAUUACACACUACUCAGAGCCCAGGUAUUUAUGGUGUACUUCAUUGCCGGAGUCAAGAAGCUGGAUGCUGACUGGGUAGAGGGCUACUCCAUGGGUUACCUGGCUCACCACUGGCUCUUCGACCCUUUCAAGAUGAUUCUCCCGGUGGACUUGGUGAGUUUACUGGUGGUCCAUGGAGGAGGUUUGUUCCUGGACCUCACUGCCGGCUACCUGCUCUUCUUUGACGCCACGCGACCCUACGCCUUCUUCUUUGUCAGUUACUUCCACUGCAUGAACUCGCAGCUCUUUAGCAUCGGCAUGUUUCCCUACACCAUGCUGGCCACCAGCCCCAUCUUCUGCUAUGCUGAUUGGCCCAGGCGCUUCUUUGGCUACUUCCCAGAAUUCCUCUGGCCCAUACUGCCCCUCACGUCGCCACCGUCUCAGACCAGCUCCUCUUGCGUUUAUCCCAACCCUCUGCCACCGUCCGCAUCGUCAUCGCAGCCAGCACCACCUCCACCAGACUCUACCGAGCCACAGGGGGGCGCCAGCGUCCCAAAGCCCUCCAGUCCCACCCUGAAGCACAAGCUGCGGGCCCUCUUUGUGGUGGUGUACCUUCUGGAGCAGCUCUUCCUGCCCUACUCCCACUUCAUCACACAGGGCUACAACAACUGGACCAAUGGGCUGUAUGGCUACUCAUGGGACAUGAUGGUCCACUCCAGAUCCCAUCAGCAUGUGAAGAUCACCUAUCGAGACGGAGCCACAGGGGACAUCGGAUACCUCAACCCAGGGGUGUUUACUCAGAGCAAACGUUGGAAGGACCACGGGGACAUGCUGAAGCAGUACGCCACCUGCCUCUACCAUCAGCUUCCACACUACAACAUCUCAGAGCCGGAGAUCUACUUUGACAUCUGGGUGUCCAUCAAUGAACGCUUUCAGCAGAGGAUUUUUGAUCCUCGUGUGGACAUAGUGAAAGCUGAGUGGUCGCCGUUCAAGGCCAACAGUUGGCUCAUGCCCCUGCUGGUUGACCUCUCUCCUUGGAGGAAAAAGUUUCAGGACAUCGAGGACACGCUUGACAACCAGACAGAGAUCGUCUUCAUUGCCGACUUCCCAGGCUUACAUCUGGAGAACUUUGUCAGCGAAGACCUGGGCAACACCUCUGUGCAGGUGCUGCAGGGCCAGGUGAACGUGGAGAUUGUAGACGAGAAGAAAAAUUACACUUUGCAACCAGGGGAACAGAUACAGGUUCCUGCUGGAGCCUAUCACCGGGUUCACACGGUGUCUGAGGGGCCGUCGUGUUACAUGUACAUCUACGUCAACACCACAGAGGCCGCGCUGCAGCAGAACUUCACCAAGCUGUCGGAGCUGCAGGAGCGCAUCCGCAACGGCACAGAGAUGGAGCCGCUGCCUCCCGAGCUGCAGCCCCUCUCUAUUGACAACGAGGACGGCCAGGCGGAGGUGAACGCCACCGACCCGGUGGUGCAGCUCUUCCUGAAGCGCCAGCGCCGCAUGAAGGAAGUGAGGAAGCGGCGCGAGGCCAACGUCCUGGAGAGGUUCAACCGCUUCUCUGUCAAGAAGUACUACAUGCUGAGACGCGCGUUCCUGAUGACUUCCAUCGCCCUGCGUAACCUGGCCUUCGGGCUGCCGCCGCUGGAGCAGCUCCAGAAGGAGGUGGCCUUCGCCAACAUGAAGGAGCCCGAGGCCCAGGCCGCCCACGAGGAGAACCUGAAGGCUGAAGUGGGGCACGAUGAACUCUGAACCACCAAGCCAGCCAACCGCCAAGGCAGAACUUUUGUUACUGAGAAGUGUUACUCUGGAGAGGAACCAAGAGGAUCUCCAGAUUGAGCCGUCGAGGCAUUUGGAACAUUCCAAGGCUUUUUUCCAACAAACGUUGUUUUGUAAUUCUUUUUAUGGAUGACUCAAAUACUGAACUGUUUUUUUCCCUUUUUUAUGUGUGCAAUGGAAUGUGUUACUGAUGGACAAGCUUAUUUGGACAAGAAUGUUUGCCUAUACCGACGUACAGUAUAUUUGCAAUGACCUAAUAGUUGCUUGGUGUUCUUAAUGCCUUUUAACUGGAAUGCAGCUUUUGACAAAAAUAAUUGCAUCCGAUAAGAUAAGAAACGGAGCUAAAGGAAACUAAAUUGUAAGAGACAUAACAAGAAACACUGCUUAGAGUUGGACAUAGAACAUCUGGAAUUCUACCACAUUUUCCAGCUGUAGUGUAAAUCUCACGAGGUAUAUUAACUUUUCUGUAUAAUUUGCAAUGUGAUGAAAAUAAGUGCUUCAGGGACAUGCUCUACGCAAUGAUAAGGGCAGAUAUAAUCAACUACAAGCUAUGGAUUUUCCUCCAGUAGACAAGUCAUUUGGAAUGCUGUUCAUGAAUUGUUUUGUAAAACACAGAAAAUAUUGAUUUCAAUGAGUCGAUGUUUGACAUUUCAUUGAAAAUAAGUGCAAUUCUUAAUGGACAUUAAAUGGCAGACAUUGAAGGGGAUAUUUCACUACAACAAUUAAAUAAAUGAAAGGUACAGACAUAA